UACAUACACUAUACUUAUUGAUUUGAGAAACGAUAGAAAAGUUUGAAAGCGGGCUGAAAUUUGAAAGGGAAUGCCUAAACGUAAAGUAGCCAGGCAAAGUAACAAAAUCCCCAAAAAGAAGCGAAGAAGUGAGUCAGCAAGCGACAAGGAAUCGUGCAUGUCAAAGUUGAGUUUUGACAGCGCCGAGCAAUGUGUAAAUUCGCUUUUUCACCCUACAACUCUGGAGGAUUUCUUCGCUAAACACUGGGAGAAAGAAGCGUUGUUUGUGGCAAGAAAUGACGAUCAAUACUUUAAAGAGUUUCCUGGUAAAACGACAUUGAAAGAAGUUAUUGAAACAAAUAAAUUACUGUGGGACGAAGAUGUAUUUCUCACACACUAUGGCGGGAGCACUGACAUGGAUGAUCUAGACGUCGUAUCAUUAGACACUUUGGAGAAAUUUUGGAAAGAGAACACGACAGUUAUUUUGGAAAGACCUCAUCGUUUUCACGAUGAGUUGUAUAAAUUGUUGUUGCUGUUGGAAGAAUAUUUUGGAUCUGUGAUGAUUUGCCUCCUCGAAGUCAGUCCAGAACACGCAUUUGGUGGUAAACCUGGAUAUAAUGGCAAAGAGACUUUCAUACUUCAAACUGAAGGCAAGAAAAAAUGGAGUUUGUACGAGCCAAAACUAAAAUUGGCGUUUCUCGAACAUAACGAUCUGAACGAUGAAGAUAUUGGUGAAGUUUCAGAAGAAUUUAUUAUGGAGGCGGGUGAUUUGCUAUAUUUUCCACGUGGAACAGUGUUUAAGGUCAACAGUGUUGAGGACUUUCCAUCUUCUCAUUUAUGUAUCGAGUUUUACGAAGAAUAUACAUGGGGUCACUUUCUAUCUAACAUAACGGAGCAAGCCAUCAGUACGGCGAUGAAGAAAGAUAUAGCGUUCAGAAAGGGAUUACCAUUGAAGUUUUUAAAUUCCCUUGGUAUUGCAAAGAUAGCAAAUUUGGUGAAGAAAUUGUACCAACAGAGGAAAGUUUUGUCAAGUUGAAGUAUCCUAGUCAUGUGCGCCUGGUUCUUGAUAAAUCAGACGAUAGCUCAGGAUGGGAGGUUGAGUAUAAUUAUGACGAGGAAGAGUUGAUUAAAGAUGAACAACGUGAUCAACGUGAUAGUAUACAGGCGAGAAAAUCUUCCAAAGAGACAGACAGCAAAGCUAAAAGUAAAAAGAAAAAUCCAAAAGAAAAAAGAGUGAGCUAAGUGGAAACGACAAAAAACCAUCUUGUUGGAUUUUAAUCAGUUCAUUGAAUAACAAAUAUGAAGAUGGCGUUGAAGAAAUACCAAAAGUGAUGAAGAUGAUACAGAGGAUGAUAUUACAACAGAUGAGGAAAAUAAGUAUUUAUCGUUUCCCCUGCAUUACCGAAAUGCUUUGCUAACUCUACUCCAUACCCCUACUCCAAUAUUGGUCCGUGAUUUACCGCUGACUUCUGAAUAUCGAUUGGACUUUGUGACAACUUUGUGGUGCGAGGGACUUCUGAUCGAUGUAAACAAGUCAUAAGAACUUUGAAAAUAAGUUAUAGUUAACUAUUAUAUGACAAAGCAAGGAAAUAUAUGAUUUCAAAAAGCUUUUGUAAUAAAUCUCUUGUGCAAAUAAACAGCAUUACAAAAGUUGAAAAUUUGCUACACAAGAAUUCUACAACA